AGCGUAGUGGGGGUAAAGAACAACUAGACGACUGGUGAAAAGAAUCUACCGCUACCGUUUUUGAGGUUUUCCGAUUGAUUCGCGUUGAUUUUUUAUGUGUAAAUUCGCGUUGUUGCAUAUUUUGUUGACUUAAAUCAACGGUUGUGAUCUCGAACGAUGGCUUCAGAUGAGGAAGUAGAGGAAUCUUUCGCCGGGGAGGAAGAGCCGGCCGAGGAGGGUGUCGCAGAACAAUUAGAGAACUCGCCUGAAUCCGAUGAAGCGCCUGCCAAAGCAGAAGAAGAUGAUGAUUACGACCCUGAUGAUAACAGAAAAAAGAAGAAGGGAAAGAAAAGAAAAGCUAAGGGCGAAGAGAAAAGGGGUAGAAAGAAAAAGAAAAAAAGGAAGAAUGAUUCGGGAGAUGAGAGUGAAUUUGGAGAAGAAGACAAUGGCGACUCAGAUUAUGCAGGAGCAAGUAGCAAAAAAGGUAGGAAAAGAGGUUCGACGAAACACUCAGCACCACCAACGCCAAUCCAAGAAUCUGGUGCUCCAUCUGGAGGAGCUGGAAUGCCUACAAUUGAAGAAGUUUGCUCAACGUUUGGAUUGACAGACGUUGAACUUGAAUAUUCCGAAACGGAUUAUCAGAAUCUCACUACAUACAAACUAUUUCAACAACACGUUCGUCCUUUAUUGGCUAAAGAAAAUCCAAAAGUGCCCAUGUCGAAAUUGAUGAUGUUGGUCGCCGCUAAAUGGAGGGAAUUUUCUACAAUGAAUCCUCAUCUUCAACAAGAAAUUCAAGAAACUUCAGCAGUUGCCGAACAAGAAUAUUCAAAACCUAGUAGAUCAAGGGCGUCUAAAGAAGCCCCGAAAAUUGAUGAAACUUUUGAUGAUGAAGAAGAAGAGGACGAUGAUGAUGACAGUAAAAGUAAAAAGAAAAGAAGUUCUAGAUUGAAAAAGACGAAAAAACAAAGUAAAGUUCCUACUUUGAAAAUAAAAAUUGGGAAAAGAAAACGCGGAAGUUCGGAAGAAGAAGCUGAUGGGACGCCUAAUGGAUCAGAUAGAGACUCAGAUGCUGAGUUUGAACAAAUGCUACAAGCUGCGGAAGAAGUUCCGGUUGCAAAGAAAGACGAAGAAACAACAAAUGUUACAGUUACAGAACCGGUUGAUGAAAAUCCACCUCCUAAACGUAAAGCUAAGACGAAGAUCGGCAAUAAGAGUAAAAAGAAAAGGAAAGUUAAAGGUCCUGGAAAAGCUGACGGUGAAGAACAAUAUGAACAUCAAGAUUAUUGUGAAGUUUGUCAACAAGGUGGUGAAAUUAUCCUUUGUGAUACUUGCCCAAGAGCGUAUCAUUUAGUUUGUUUGGAUCCCGAACUUGAAGAGACCCCUGAAGGCAAGUGGAGUUGUCCACAUUGCGAAAAUGAAGGUCCAGCGGAACAAGACGAUGAUGAACAUCAAGAAUUUUGUAGAGUUUGUAAAGAUGGUGGUGAAUUACUUUGCUGUGAUUCUUGUCCUUCUGCUUAUCAUACUCAUUGUUUAAAUCCACCAUUAUCAGAUAUUCCAGAUGGUGAUUGGAAAUGUCCAAGAUGUAGUUGUCCUGUGCUUCCUGGUAAAGUUUCAAAGAUACUUACUUGGAAAUGGGUAGAAGAACCAAUUCAAGAAGAAGAAGGCGCUUCAACGUCAGCGAAAAAGCCAUCAAAACCAAAGAAACACAGAGAGUUCUUUGUAAAAUGGGCGGAAAUGUCUCAUUGGCAUAAUUCUUGGGUAACAGAACUUCAAUUGGACGUCCACCAUCCUCUUAUGUUCCGUAAUUACAUCCGCAAAUUCGAUAUGGAAGAUCCACCGAAGCUUGAAGAACCUUUAGAUGAAGCCGACAAUCGCCAUAAACGUCUUAUGGCAAUGGGAAGUAUAAAAGACGAAGAUUUAGAAGAACGUUUUUAUAAAUAUGGCGUUAAACCAGAAUGGUUGGUUGUCCAUCGUGUGAUUAAUCAUAGAACAAUGCGAGAUCGCAUUUUGUAUUUGGUGAAAUGGAGGGAAUUAUCUUAUGAUCAAGCAACAUGGGAAGAAGAAAAUGAUGAUAUUCCCGGUUUAAAACAAUCAAUUGAAUAUUAUAUGGAUUUACGCGCCGCUUAUUGCAACGAAAAGAAAAGUAAAAAAGGUAAACCAAAGAAAAGUCAAAGGGAAAAAGUCUUGGAUGAAGAUGAUCGAACUACUCCAAGAAGAUAUACUCCACCACCCGAUAAACCAACGACUGAUUUAAAGAAAAAAUACGACAGGCAACCUGACUACUUAAGCGAAUCCGGAAUGCAAUUGCAUAAUUAUCAGUUGGAAGGUCUAAAUUGGUUAAGAUAUUCUUGGGGACAAGGUAUCGAUACCAUUUUAGCCGACGAAAUGGGUUUAGGAAAAACUAUUCAGACGAUUACGUUUUUGUACUCUUUAUACAAAGAAGGACAUUGCAAAGGGCCAUUUUUAGUUAGCGUACCGUUGUCUACCAUUAUUAAUUGGGAAAGAGAAUUUGAAUUGUGGGCACCUGAUUUUUAUUGUAUCACUUAUGUUGGUGAUAAAGAUUCAAGAGCAGUAAUACGUGAAAAUGAAUUAAGUUUUGAAGAAGGUGCAGUACGUGGAAGUCGUGCAUCAAAAAUCCGCUCAAGUACAAUAAAAUUUAACGUCCUUUUAACAAGUUACGAGUUAAUUUCAAUAGAUUCUGCGUGUUUGGGUUCGAUAGAUUGGGCGGUUUUAGUCGUAGAUGAAGCUCAUCGUUUAAAGAGCAAUCAAUCGAAAUUUUUCCGUUUAUUAGCCAAUUAUAACAUCGCAUAUAAACUGUUAUUGACCGGUACGCCAUUGCAAAAUAAUUUGGAAGAACUUUUCCACUUGUUAAAUUUCUUAAACAGUUCGAAAUUUAACGAUUUGGCCUCGUUCCAAAAUGAAUUUGCCGAUAUUUCGAAAGAGGAUCAAGUAAAGAAGUUACACGAGCUUUUAGGGCCGCACAUGUUGCGUAGAUUAAAAGCGGACGUGUUAAAGAAUAUGCCAUCGAAAUCCGAAUUUAUUGUGAGGGUUGAGUUAUCGCCUAUGCAAAAGAAGUAUUACAAAUACAUUUUAACGAGAAACUUUGAAGCUUUAAAUCCUAAAGGUGGAGGUCAAUCGGUUUCUUUAUUAAACAUUAUGAUGGAUUUGAAAAAAUGUUGUAACCAUCCGUACUUAUUUCCCGCUGCUUCUGAAGAAGCCCCAUUAGGUCCACAUGGAAAUUACGAAACGCAAUGUUUAAUUAAAGCAGCAGGAAAGUUAGUUUUAUUGUCAAAAAUGCUUAAAAAGCUUAAAGAACAAGGACACAGAGUCUUAAUUUUCUCUCAAAUGACUAAAAUGUUAGAUAUUUUAGAAGAUUAUUUGGAAGGGGAAGGUUAUAAAUACGAACGUAUUGAUGGGGCGAUUACUGGGUCUUCUAGGCAAGAAGCGAUAGAUCGCUUCAACGCACCUGGAGCUCCUCAAUUUGUGUUCCUUCUUUCAACCAGAGCGGGUGGUUUAGGUAUUAAUUUAGCAACAGCCGACACAGUAAUUAUUUAUGAUUCGGAUUGGAAUCCUCACAAUGAUAUCCAAGCGUUCUCAAGAGCUCAUCGUAUUGGUCAAGCGAACAAAGUUAUGAUUUAUCGUUUCGUCACACGUAAUAGUGUAGAAGAACGUGUUACUCAAGUCGCUAAACGCAAAAUGAUGUUAACUCAUUUAGUUGUAAGACCUGGAAUGGGCGGAAAAGGUGCCAAUUUCACCAAACAAGAAUUAGACGACAUUCUUCGUUUUGGUACAGAAGAAUUAUUUAAAGAGGAUGAGGGAAAAGAAGACGAAGCCAUCCACUACGACGAUAAAGCCAUCACCGAAUUAUUAGAUAGAUCAAAAGAAGGUAUUGAACAAAAAGAAAAUUGGGCGAACGAAUAUUUAAGUUCAUUCAAAGUGGCAAGUUAUGUAACUAAAGAAGGUGAUAACGAGGAAGAAAAUGAUACAGAAAUUAUUAAAUUGGAAGCUGAGAAUACAGACCCCGCUUAUUGGAUAAAAUUAUUAAGACAUCAUUAUGAACAACAACAAGAAGAUAUAGCAAGAACUUUGGGUAAAGGGAAACGUGUACGCAAAGUCGUUAAUUAUAAUGAUGGAGGAAUGACGACCGAUACAAGAGAUGAUACCAACUGGCAGGAUAACAUAUCUGAUUACAAUUCAGAUUUUUCUGCUGGUUCUGAUGAAGAUAAAGAAGACGACGAUUUCGAUGAAAAGAACGAAAACAAUGAUCUCAGUCGACGUAGUAGAAGAAGAAUGGAACGAAAAGAUGAGCGCGAUAGACCACUUCCACCACUAUUAGCUAGAGUUGGAGGCAACAUUGAAGUAUUAGGUUUCAAUGCGAGACAACGUAAAGCAUUCUUAAACGCUAUUAUGCGAUACGGAAUGCCCCCUCAAGACGCUUUCAACUCGCAAUGGCUUGUCCGAGAUUUACGCGGAAAAUCUGAGAAAAUUUUCAAAGCGUACGUUUCGUUGUUUAUGCGCCAUCUUUGCGAACCUGGAGCAGAUAAUGCGGAAACUUUUGCCGACGGCGUUCCAAGAGAAGGCCUUAGUCGUCAACAUGUUUUAACUAGAAUCGGUGUUAUGUCACUUAUCAGGAAAAAAGUACAAGAAUUCGAACAUAUAAACGGUGAGUAUAGUAUGCCGGAAGCUCUUCGCAAAGCUACCACCGAUACAAAACCAACCGUUGAGAAAACUAACGAUACCGAAACCCCGAAAAGUGCCACAACAAGUACUAGUGCUACUCCUGCUACAAGUGCAGCAGCGAGUCCAGCUCCCUCUGCUCAAACAGAACCAGAAAAAGAUAAAGAAGAAGGUGAAAAAACAGAAGAAAAACCAUCAACAUCAUCGACCACUACAACAACUCAAGAAGAAGGAAAUAAUACAGCUGACAAAAAAGCCGAUGAAGAAAGCAACAACAAAGAUAAAGAUAGCGUUAAAGCGGAAACUGAAUCGACUACCAGUGAAGCUAAAAGCGAACAAGGAAGCGACGUUAAAUCCGAAAAAGAUAAAGAAGAGAACAAAUCUGAAGAUGGCGAAUUAAAGAAGGAGGAAGAAAUUAAAAAAGAAGACCAAGAAAAAGAAGCUACUAAAGACGAUGAGAAAAAAGACGGCGAUGGUAAAGAUGAGAAAAAAGAUGAUGGAAAAGUCAAACUUGAAAAGAAAGAAGACGAAGAUGACGUUGUUGUGGUUGGUGAUGAUAAAAAGAAGGAAAAAGGUGAAGACGGAGAGGAAUCAUCAGCUGCUAAAAGAAAAUUCAUGUUUAAUAUCGCCGAUGGGGGCUUCACUGAAUUACAUACUUUGUGGUUGAACGAAGAAAAAGCUGCCGUUCCUGGAAGAGAAUAUGAAAUUUGGCACAGAAGACAUGACUAUUGGUUACUUGCGGGAAUAGUAACCCACGGUUAUGGCCGAUGGCAAGACAUUCAAGGCGAUUCACGAUUCGCAAUCAUAAAUGAACCGUUUAAAAUGGAUGUUGGCAAAGGAAAUUUUCUCGAGAUUAAGAACAAGUUUUUGGCAAGAAGAUUUAAGCUUCUGGAACAAGCUCUGGUCAUCGAGGAACAACUCCGCCGAGCUGCUUACUUGAAUCUUACCCAAGAUCCGAACCAUCCGGCGAUGUCACUAAACGCUCGAUUCGCGGAGGUCGAAUGUUUAGCGGAAUCGCAUCAACAUCUUAGCAAAGAAUCUUUGGCUGGUAACAAACCGGCCAAUGCAGUGUUGCAUAAAGUGUUGAACCAACUGGAGGAAUUACUUUCCGAUAUGAAAUCGGAUGUUUCAAGGUUACCGGCCACAUUGGCUAGGAUACCACCAGUUGCUCAACGACUGCAAAUGUCUGAAAGGAGUAUUUUGUCGCGAUUGGCUGCUACUUCUUCGAGUACCACACCAAGUGCAACGCAAGUAAUGAGCCAAUUUCCACCUGGUUUUAAUGCGGGCAACUUAGUUGGUUUCCAAGCAGCAGCAGCGAAUUUCGCUAAUUAUAGGCCCCAGUAUUCAGUCCCAGGGCAACCUCCAAGCGGAUUUCCAUCAUAGGUCAUUGUAGAAAAUCAGUAUAAUUCGUACAUGUAAAAAAAUAACAGAUGUCCUACAAGAUAAUGGAGUACUUGGAAUUGUCGAAUAAUGCACACUCUCACAAGACACACCUUCGUCUAUUGCUCAGAUCCUAAAAAUUUCUUUCGUCUUCGGUGUACCCCGCUAAUCUUCCCAAUUUAGUAAAAAAAAAGUGAACCUUUUCGUUUCGUCACGACGGAAGAACCUUUGUAUUAGUUUAUUUAUUAUUUUUUAGUUACGACCUAACGAUGUUAUUUAGGUUGUAUUAAUUUUAGUUUUAUUUCCGGUUAUACAUAUUUUAUCAGGCAAAAGAAAACACGACUGACGAGAGGUAUUGUUGUCCUCUUAUCAAUUUAAUAUUAACGAAUUACAACGUCCUAUAAAAAUAUUGUAUAGAGGUUGCUGAUGUAUCGUAAAAAACGCCUUUUUGUCUCCCUCAAAUUUUUUUCUCGUUCAAGCAUACUUUUACGUAGUUAUAAUAGGAUAGAGUUCACUUGUUAAGUACAGUCUACCCACUUUAUAGUGGUGGUAGAUUUUUUUUAAAUGGUUUGUUCAAGGACAUUCCCUAAUAAUAGUAAUAAAAUAUGAUAACUUAAAGGUU